AGACCGUUCUCAGUGGGAAUGUUUUUGGGGAUGCGGGGCCGCUCCCACCUCACUGGCAGCGGGGAUCAGCAACCCAGCAGAGGGAGUCUCUCAGGGUGAAGCCAAAGUGCAGUAUUAAUAACCCGUAAUCCGAUAAAACACAUUCUGGGUUUAACGGAGAAACCAUGUCCAAGGGACCAGCAGUUGGCAUUGAUCUGGGCACUACCUACUCAUGUGUAGGGGUGUUUCAGCAUGGCAAAGUUGAGAUCAUUGCCAAUGACCAAGGAAACAGGACCACACCCAGCUAUGUUGCCUUCACUGACACCGAGAGGUUGAUUGGGGAUGCAGCCAAAAAUCAGGUUGCCUUGAACCCAAACAACACAGUAUUCGAUGCAAAGCGUCUCAUUGGACGUCGGUUUGAUGACAGUGUUGUCCAGUCGGACAUGAAGCACUGGCCAUUUACAGUCAUUAAUGAUGCUUCACGCCCCAAAGUAAAAGUGGAGUACAAAGGCGAGACCAAGACGUUCUACCCAGAGGAGAUCUCCUCAAUGGUGCUAAUUAAAAUGAAGGAGAUUGCAGAGGCAUAUCUUGGGAAGACUGUAACCAAUGCUGUAGUGACUGUGCCUGCUUACUUCAACGACUCUCAGCGCCAGGCAACCAAGGAUGCAGGGACCAUUUCGGGGCUGAAUGUCCUUCGAAUCAUCAAUGAACCGACUGCUGCUGCUAUUGCUUAUGGCCUGGACAAAAAGGUUGGAGCCGAAAGAAAUGUCCUCAUCUUUGACCUAGGCGGUGGCACAUUUGAUGUCUCCAUCUUGACUAUUGAGGAUGGCAUCUUUGAGGUCAAGGCCACAGCAGGCGACACACACUUGGGUGGAGAAGACUUUGAUAACCGCAUGGUCAACCACUUCAUCUCCGAGUUCAAACGCAAAUACAAGAAAGACAUCAGUGACAACAAGAGGGCCGUGCGUCGCUUGCGCACAGCGUGUGAGAGGGCCAAGCGCACUCUGUCGUCCAGCACUCAGGCCAGCAUUGAAAUCGAUUCUCUGUACGAGGGAAUUGACUUCUACACCUCCAUCACCAGGGCCCGCUUUGAGGAGCUGAAUGUGGACCUGUUCCGAGGAACCCUGGAGCCUGUCGAGAAGGCCCUCCGUGAUGCCAAGAUGGAUAAGACCCAAAUCAAUGACAUUGUUUUGGUGGGAGGUUCCACUCGCAUUCCCAAGAUCCAGAAACUGCUGCAGGACUUUUUCAAUGGGAAAGAUCUCAACAAGAGCAUCAACCCCGAUGAAGCAGUGGCCUACGGCGCUGCUGUGCAGGCAGCCAUAUUGUCAGGUGACAAAUCAGAGAAUGUACAGGACCUGCUGCUGCUGGAUGUGACCCCCUUGUCUCUGGGCAUUGAGACAGCAGGAGGAGUCAUGACUGUUCUCAUCAAGAGGAACACCACAAUCCCCACAAAGCAGACCCAGACUUUUACCACCUACUCAGACAACCAGCCUGGUGUGCUUAUUCAGGUGUUUGAGGGUGAAAGGGCCAUGACCAAAGACAACAACCUUUUGGGCAAAUUUGAGUUGACUGGGAUCCCACCUGCACCCCGUGGCGUUCCUCAGAUUGAGGUCACCUUUGAUAUCGAUGCCAACGGCAUCAUGAAUGUGUCUGCUGUGGACAAGAGCACUGGGAAGGAGAACAAGAUAACGAUUACCAACGACAAAGGUCGCUUGAGCAAAGAGGACAUUGAGCGUAUGGUCCAGGAAGCAGAGAAGUACAAGGCUGAGGAUGACAUGCAAAGAGAGAAGGUUGCUGCCAAGAACGGUUUGGAGUCUUACGCUUUCAAUAUGAAGUCCACUGUGGAGGACGAGAAACUGAAGGGCAAGAUCAGUGAUGAGGACAAACAGAAGAUUGUGGACAAAUGUAACGAGGUCAUAAGCUGGCUGGAUAGAAACCAGUCUGCAGAAAAAGAUGAGUUUGAGCAUCAGCAGAAGGAGUUGGAGAAGUUGUGUAACCCAAUCAUGACCAAGCUGUACCAGAAUGCAGGUGGGAUGCCAGGGGGGAUGCCAGGAGGCUUCCCCGGAGCUGGUGGUGCUCCCGGAGGAGGAGCAUCCUCCGGCCCCACCAUCGAGGAGGUCGACUAAACUAGACCAGAGCAGCAUGAGCUUAUUCUUUUUUCUCUUUAGAGGUUGAUGUAAGUGGUGAUCGCAUACAUAAUACCACAGGCUAUAAUAAGAACCUUUCACCAAGUUUGUUUUGGGAUUGUUUUGAUCAGUUUUGUAUGCCAGGCUGAAGGCUUCCACAAAAGCAUUUCUGGUAUGCAGUCUUUUCAGGCGACUGUCUUGUGUUAAGCAGACUUAUUGCUUACCUGUUUGCAUUACCACAGUGUGUUAUUCUUUUGUUUAUCGGGCAAAAAUGGUUUGUAUUGCGCAACACAUCGCAAAGUAAGACUAAAUAAAUGAUUGGUUUGAGUAUGGA